AUGCCUGAUAAUAAACUAUACGAUAUCCUUGGUGUUACACGUGGUGCAAGUGAUCAAGAAAUAAAAAAAGCCUAUCAUAAACUUGCUAAGACUCAUCACCCAGAUAAAAAUCCUGAAUCAGCUGAAAAAUUUAAAGAAAUUUCAUUUGCUUAUCAAGUUCUGACGGAUGAAACUAAAAGACAAGUUUACGAUAUGUAUGGUCUUGAAGGCCUUAAAGAAGGUGGCGGUGGUGGUGGUGGCGGAGGUAGUAUGGCUGAUAUUCUUGGACAAUUUUUUGGUGGCGGCGGCGGUGGCGGUGGUGAUCCAUUCGGAGGUUUUGGUGGUUUCGGCGGUGGUUUUGGAGGCCUUUUUGGUGGUCAAAUGGGCGGCGGCGGUGGUGGUGGUCGUGGAAAUCGCCGACGUAAAGGUGAUGAUGUAGCUCAUCCACUCAAAGUAACACUUGAACAAUUAUACAAAGGUGAUACACGUUCACUUGAAAUAUCACGUAAAGUUAUUUGCGAAACAUGUAAAGGUAAUGGUGGACGCGAAGGUGCUAAACAAUCAUGUGCAUCAUGUCGCGGUCAAGGUAUUCAAUUUAUAACCCGACAAAUUGGUCCAGGUAUGAUUCAAAGAAUGCAACAAGUAUGCAAAGAAUGUAGUGGAGAAGGUGAAAUAAUUAAUGAACGUGAUCGUUGUAAAACAUGUAAUGGAAAGAAGACAAUUGAUCAAAAGAAAAAACUUGAAAUCGUCAUAUCACCAGGUAGUAAACAUGAACAACAACUUCGCUUUCCUGGUGAAAGUGAUCAGGCACCAAAUAUGGAAGCUGGUGAUGUUAUUAUUGUAUUACAACAAGAACCACAUGCUACAUUUGAACGUAGUGGAGAUAGUCUGGUUAUGAAACAUAAAAUAAAUUUAAUUGAAUCAUUAUGCGGAUUUCAAUUAGUUAUUACACAUUUAGAUGGAAGAAAAAUAAUUCUUAAACAUCCACCAAAUGAUCCUAUUGCACCCGAAACAUAUCGAUGUGUAAAAGGACAAGGUAUGAUAAAUAUGAGAACUCAUGAUACUGGAGAUUUAAUUAUACAAUUUGAUGUCGAAUUUCCAGCGGAAAAAUCUCUUACAGAUGUACAAUUGAAACAACUUGAAACAGUUUUACCUAAACGAACACAUGUUGAAAUACCAACAGGUGAACAUGUUGAAGAAGUAUCUAUGAUUGAUUUUCAUACAACGAAAUCAGCACAUGAUAGUAGACAUGGUCAACGACGUGAAGCAUAUGAAGGUGGAGAUUCAGAUGAUGAAAGUGGACAACCUGGUGUUCAUACAUGUAGAUCUCAAUAA